CACCAACCUAACUACACACCAUUGUUCUCUCUCAGAGUUCAUCAAAAGAAAAAUAAAAUAAUGGAGAAUAUGAGAGACGGCGAAGAGAACGGUUCUCACUGGAUCCCAUUUAUGUUUUUUGAUCGUUCUUAUGUAACAAUUCAUCUUCUGAAGUGGUUCGGCCUUGGAAGUUAUUCACCAUCAUCCUCAUUUUCAUCUCACAGUGAAAAAGAAGAAGAAGAUGUUAUGGAGACAAAGGAGGAAGGAGAUGAUAUGACCAUUGAAAUCACAGAGCGGGGGUUCCAGAAGCAUAAGCCUAAGCCAAAGCCAAGCUCAGGAAAAGGAGGAAAGGUUCAUUAGGCUUCAUAUAUAUACACAAACACAUAAUAGACAGAGUAAAACAAGUAUAUGAAAUGUAUACAUAGUAGUCUACUAAUAAGUUGUAAUAUAAUAUAAUAGAGACUUAUAUAGUCAUUUAUUUCACACAUGAAAUGCUUAAAUAAACAGAGUUUGAUGGUUAUGGUUUUGUUUACUGAUCGACAGAACUUACAGAAGUUAAAAUACUGAAUUACUGAUCUAUUU